AUGACUGAUAAUAAUUCUCAAAGUGAUGAAUAUUCGGAUGAUAAUAGUGUAAAAUCUGCAAAUUCUUUUGUAGCAAAUGUUGAAGAAGAUGAAGAAAAUCUUUCUCGACCUUCGAGCAAUCUUAAUAAUUAUCCUAUUUUACCACCAAUUAAACCAUCAACGAAAGAAAAUAAUUCUCAACAACAAUAUUUUAUUAAACAUUUACAAGAAAAAUAUCAAGUAGAUAAACAAGAUACAUUGGAAAUUGGAAAUGAAGCUAAAUUAGAUGAUGCUUAUUUAAAAAUGAAACGACUUGAUAAAGCACUUGAAGAAGCAUUUGAAAAAGAGAAACAAGUCAAAGUUGAAACAAUGUCUUUGAUGAAGAAAUUAAGAAGUGAAAUGCAAUCGAUGACUUCAAUUCUUCCUGAUGAUACGAAUGAAUUAUCACAUACUCAAUCAAAUUUAAAACGAUUUUUAGCUCUUGAUGAUGAAAUUUUAAAAUUAGAUGGUGGUUAUCUUGAAUAUGAUAAUUCCAAUACACCUGAAUCAAUAUUUAAAACACAAAUAAAUGAUCCACUUGAUGAUUCUAAUAGUGUACAUAGAAGUGAUAAAGUUUCUUCAAAUAGUAAUACAAAAACUUCUUCAUUAAAUAAAAAUAAAAAAAAAUCUAGUAUAUCAUCAAAUUCAACAAUGAAUAGUAAAGAUAAAUCUAAACAAACUAAACCACCUGAAAAAGAUUUUAUUAAACGUAAUAUACAAUUAGCAAAGGAAGCUGGUGGUGCAUGGGCAUUAACAGAUGAUGAAAAACAACGUUUAAAACAAUUAUUAGAAGAAGAUGAACAAGUUAAUGUUGUUGCUUUACCAGGUUCACAUAUAAAUGGUUAUAUACCAUCAAUAAAUGAAUCUCAACGUUUAAAAGAAAUUGAUGAUUUACUUGAAAAAGAAUAUUAUAAUCCAUUACUUAAUCAUCAAUUACGACGAAAUAAUCAUAAUGAUGUUGAUUAUACAACUAUGCAACAAAUUACUAAUGAAGAAAAUGAACAAAUAGAUAAUCAUUUUGGUGAACGUGUAUUGAAAGAAACACGUUUACAACGUGAACAUAUGCAGAGAUUAAAGAAAAUUGAUGAAAAACUUGAAAUUUUACAUCAGCCAAUGACAGAAGAAAAAAUCGAAGCUAUUCUAUCUGAAGAACAAUUAAAUGAAUUACUAGGUCAAUGUGCUGUUGAUGAUAUGAAAUCACAUUAUUCACUUCUUAAUCGUGAUAAAGAAGAUUAUCAAGGAAUUGAUUUUAAUGAAUUAUCAAAUUAUGCAUUAACACAUUAUGUAGGAAAUACUCAAGGACCAUUAAUUACAGAUGAAAUUAUUCAAUUAUUAAUUAAUGAAGCACAACAAGAAGGGAUAACAAUGAGACAAUUUCAUGAUGAUGACGUAGAAGACGGAGGAGGAGGAGAAGAAAAUAUGCAUUCUUCUCAACAACAACAACAUACUGCAUCAUUAUCAUUUGCACCUGCUAUUGAUCGACCUUCUUCAACAACAUCUACUGCUUCACAUAUUGAUAUAUAUAAUCGUAAUAUAUCUUAG